AUGCCCCAAAGUAGUAGUAGCAGUCAGUCCAAGUCGGUUAACGGUGUCGUCAAGCAUCGUGCGUGUGAUGAGUGUCGUUCGCGGAAGCUUGCCUGCACGAAGGAGCCUGAGGGCUGUUCACGGUGUAAGAGAGAGGGUCUGAGAUGUGUCUAUUCGCCCCAGAAGCCGAUGGGUAGGCCAAGGAAGCGUAGGCACGUCGAAGAGUCCGAAGGACAAUCCUCUACCACCCCCCAAGGACAAGAUCAGCAACCACAAAUGCCACUCGUCACACAACCGACACUCGACACCGACUUCUCAACCUUCUUUAACCAGGACUUCAACAUGGACUACCUUGACCUACUCUCCCCUUUGAACGGUCUGCCAGCGGCUACGCUGCCACCUGAGCUCUCGAGCCUUACCACAAUGGCUUACACCGACCCUCGGUACUCUACUGAAGACUUCCAAUUCGGGGUUGGGGGUGUUGACCUGUUAGGUGGCAUCAACUUUGACGAAAGUGACUCUGCUGACGAGGAAUUACCUCAAGAUACCAAUAAAGGCUUCACGGACCUUCUGUCAGCGCAAGUGCCUGACGAGGUCGACAAUGGCUCUCCUGCCGCAUCAUCAAUUUUAUCCAGCACGAUCAUCAACAGCACAUCAGAAUCGCCAUCAUCUGCCGUAUCCAACGAUGUCAAUCCUGACUCCAGCACCGAGAACGUGACAGUGAAAGCAUACCAGAAUACCACAUGUUCCUGUCUAUCCCAAAUAUUCCUUUCCUUAGACACCUUAUCGAGACUACCGAGCGAUGUCAAAGUCGCCAUGGGCAUAGCCAGACAAGCCGCCCGAGUGGCUCACGACGUCAUUCAUUGCCCAGCUUGCGGCAACAAUGAUCCUACGGAGCCUCCCCCCAUCCAGUCAUUCCAGAACAUGAUGAUGCUGGGUGCUCUCCUCCCGGCGACUGCUAACGCAUAUGCCAAGAUCCUUGAGCUUGUGGAGGCCGAAACCACCCGAGCCAAACGAGAGAACCACAUCCUCACAUUUCGCUUCGCCGAGUACGGCGGUCUCUGGGGUGAGAUGAACAUACCAGAGGACAACUGCGGUGCUUUGCGGACAUUCAAUAACCGUGAGAUGGACCCUGAUCAGUGGAGACUUUCUGUCAGGGGGCUUUUGAAGGUCGACAUAUAUGGACACGAUUUCAUGAAGACAGACGUGACAGGAAAGAUGGUGCCUUAUCAUCAUUUAGGCCUGAAAGAUGUUAUCAAAGAGAUGGAGGACAGAUCAAACCACCGACACGAUCAGCUGGACGCAAUAGUUGCAGCUGGACACCCGCACCCGAUGAUGCAAACACCACACCAUCUGAUGGUGCCUAUGGGCAAGGGCACCAGCAAGGAGAACCGACAUUGUUUGAAAAUUAUAGAGAUUGCAAGAAUUGCUUUGGACAAGCUGGUGAUUGCAUGA